AGAUUAGGUUCGGCUAAAGCCGCCCAAAAUUUAGCUGUUUAAUUGGAAUCGAAAAACAGAAAUUGGAGAAUUAAUGGGACGGAGACGGACCUUUCUCUCUGGGAUUUCUUCUUAGUGGAUAUGCUCUUUUGCAGCUGAGAAGGCAAAUCCGCUCUGAUCUAGAAUGGCGGAUACAGAGAAGGACCAACUCGCUGCUUCGCUAAAUGGUCUUUUUACCAAUGUCUCCGACAUGAUUAAAGGCGAGCUCCAGGGAACAAAUAAUGUGCUAGAGCUUUUGGAGAAAAUGAAUGUAAGAGUGGGGGAAGAAUACAAAGGCUUUGGUGAUGUGGCCUCAGGAUUAAGAGUUUUUGUGGAGCAAUUGAAGUUGAAAAGCGGCACAUUCGACGACUGCAUUCAGCAGCUUGAUGCGAUUGAGCAACAUGUGAUGGAGUUCGAAGCUGUAAUCGCUAUGCUUGACAGAUAUGUUUCCUUAUUGGAGUCAGAGAUGCAAAAUGUUUACCAAAUUCCUCCUGCAAGCUAGGCUGGUUUCAUUGAGCUGAUAAACUCUUCACAUUAAUGCAUAAUGUAUCUGCACAGUGAUAAAUAAAUUUAAAAAGAUCGAUAUACAGGUUGGAGAUA